UUGAUUGAAUUGAAUUGAAAGCAAAAUUGAACUAAAAGUCGAAAAAACUUCGAACCGGCCCAGAAUAAAAAUCUUUUUGAUGUUUAAAUUUAUAUUUUAACAAGUUUGUGUUAAUGAAUCAUUUUCAAGAUAUAAACAUUCUAUGUAGAUGAUUAUAUAUGAAUUAAAACUAAGAACUAGCCACACCGUUUAACAAAAAUCGUGUACAAUACGUGGAAUGUUGUGUAUUGUUUGUGAUAAGCUUAUCACAAAGCAACUCUCAUAGCCAGCCGACGUCUCUGUUGUAAAAGUAGCAUUUGUUUUAUUGAUUCCUUAAAAUGUCUGGUGACGAUGCCGGCAGUAGUGCAAAUAUUACAAACAGUAAUAACAAAAAAGUGGCUCUUAUAACCGGCAUUACAGGACAGGAUGGAUCAUACUUAGCAGAAUUCUUAAUAGAAAAAGGUUACGAAGUGCAUGGCAUCCUGCGGCGUUCGUCGUCGUUCAACACGGGCCGCAUCCAGCACCUGUAUGGACAGCCCACCUGCCACACGGGGGGCAGGAUGCACCUGCACUACGGGGACCUCACCGACACCACUUGCCUCAUCAGUAUUAUCACUAAGGUCCGGCCGAACGAGAUCUACAACCUGGGCGCGCAGUCGCACGUGAAGGUGUCGUUCGAGCUGAGCGAGUACACGGCGCAGGUGGACGCGCUGGGCGCGCUGCGGCUGCUGGAGGCGGUGCGCGCGGCCGGGCUGGCGGCGCGCGCGCGCGUGUACCAGGCGUCCACGUCGGAGCUGUACGGGAAGGCGGCGGAGGUGCCGCAGACCGAGACCACGCCGUUCUACCCGCGCUCGCCUUAUGCGUGCGCGAAACUAUACGGCUACUGGAUCGUGGUGAACUACCGCGAGGCGUACGGCAUGUUCGCCUGCAACGGGCUGCUGUUCAACCACGAGAGCCCGCGCCGCGGCGAGAACUUCGUCACCCGGAAGAUCACGCGCGGCGUCGCCAAGAUCACGCUGGGGCUCAUGCCGCACCUGGAGCUGGGCAACCUGGACAGCAAGCGCGACUGGGGCCACGCCAAGGACUACGUGGAGGCGAUGUGGCUGAUGCUGCAGCAAGAGAAGCCUGAAGAUUUCGUGGUGGCAACAGGCGAGGCUCACAGCGUCAGGGAGUUCGUGGAGAAGGCGUUCGCGGUGGUGGGCACGCGGCUGCAGUGGCGCGGGCGCGGCGCCGCGGAGACGGGCCACGACGCGGGCUCCGGCAGGCUGCUGGUCAAGGUCAACCCCAAGUACUUCCGCCCGACUGAAGUGGACCUGCUGCUGGGCGACCCGUCGAAGGCGCGGCGACAGCUGGGCUGGGCGCCGCGCGUGUCGUUCUCGGAGCUGGUGCGCGACAUGGUGCAGGCCGACCUCGCCCUGAUGCGGGCCAACCCCGAGGCCUAGUUUGUUGAGAACACCAUCACUCAAUUCGAGUGGAGCGGGUCUUCAUAUACGGGACAGACCAAAAAGCAAAAGGACUGCAAUAAGAUUCUAAAUCGACGAUAUGUGAUGUACCUAUAUUUAUUUUAAUCCACAAGAAAGUAAAAUGUCUGAAUGUUUUUUACAGAAACUUUGCACAUUUUUACUCUUGUUACUUUAUAUAUUAAUUUUAUACAGGGUGACAUUUAAAACAACCGCAUCCUUUUAAACAUAGACUAUACCCAUGCUUCUGAGCCGUUUGAGCCUAUUUUUAUUUAAAUUAAACGUCAUCAUUUUCACAUUUAAAAAACCCUCAAAAACUACGUCACACGCUUUAAUACAGACGAAUACUACAAAAAGAAAUUAAAACUAAACAUGUAAAUAAAUGUCUGAAAAAUAAAUUAUUUUUCUAGUAUCAAGAUUAAGUAAAGUACCUACAGAGUUGUCGAGAUCGCUCAGCUGAAUGAAUUGUGUCGUUGACCUCUCAAUAUUACGCGUCGCUUUUCCGCCGGCCGGGGUGAUAUGACGUAUUUAGGAUCGUGGAUUUUGAUACUUUUAUUUUUUUUCGGACUUUUUGAAAUAUGAACCGAUAAUUUUCUUUUAACGUUUUUUAAUAACCUUUAGAUGAGUAAAAUUAACAGUUCAAUUUAUGCAGCUGAAUUAAAAGUCACUCUGUAUAUGGAAUUAAUUUUUACUUACAAGAAUGUAGUAUAGUAUUUCGUAAAAUAUGCUUUCAGUUAAGAUUAAAAAUGCAUAGAAUAGUGCAUGUCAAUCGACAACACCGCACAUAGCAAUAGUGCCAUAUAGAUGUCAUUGAGACAAAUUCAAAAUGGAUUCAAAAAUAAAUCAAUAGUUUCCAGAUUAGCUACUGUUACUGCCCGAAAAGUGAAUGAUAGGAUAGAUAUAAACACACGUUUAGAACCAGAAGGCAAAAUCAUAGAUAAAGGGUAAAAUGAUAUUAAUCAAGUGCAAAACUAAAAAGCUGAACGUGGCCUAUCAGUGUUUUCAAGACUGUAGGCUAUGUCUACCCCGCAAGGGAUAUCGACGUGACCAUAUGUAUGUAUGCAAAACAAAUGUAUGCGAUGCGACUGGUUGACCGAAUACUUGAAUAAGAAUUGCUAAGACUGGGCAGCAGUAGGUAUAUUUGGCAAAUGUUCUUUAUUAUAAUGCAUUCUGUUCUGCGUGGUAUGCGACUUGUUGUUUUUCCUCGCCUUCAGAUUAGAUUCGAAGUCUUCAAAAUUGUUAAGGUAUCUGGGUUUCUAUUAAAGAAACCACUUGUCGCGACUUAAAUGUGAAUAUCACUCAGUGCCUUGGCGCCGUCGCUGACUCGAUGACAGGCUUGUUUCAGUGAGAACGAUCUUCAAUCUAAUUGAUUAUAAUUAUCUUGUCUAUCGGAAUGAAUCAUCGUCUGAUUCUAUUAUAUGUGUAAAGUAUAUGAUAUUUAUACUACGUACAGUCACCGGCUCACUACCACACCAAGUACCAGUACACGUCUGUCUGCGAUUGCCGCUCGCAAGCAACUGUCAAAAUUCAAAUUCAAAAUUUUUAUUCAUUAUUAUAGGAUACUAUUAUAUCACUUAAUAAUUGUCGUAUGGUUUAACAACAUUGGUUGACGUCAAAUAAAUUACUUAAAAACUAAGUUUACUGCCGCUUCCAAGGCGUCAGUGCAGAAGAAGCGGUAACAAACUGCACUGCAGCAUUUUCUUCAACAACGUCAACUUCACAACUUGUCAACUUGACAUUUAUAAUACCGACUUGUGUGUGUGAGACAGCGUCUUGUAUCCAUUACUAGAUACAAACACUACAAUAUGUAUCAUGUCUCGAAGCACAACAACAGAGAGAAUGCCGACCAAUAUAUUUAAGCUGUAUUAUUCAUGUCACAAUGUAUUAACUAAUAUUGCUAGAUGUCUAAGUAUUUUGAGGUUAAUUUAGGUUUGUACUGAUGAAGUGUCGCUUGUACUGACAGCAGUACACUAUCAACCUGCAUUUAGCAACACAAGGUCUGCAAAAUAGUCGAUAUUGUUUUAAUAUCACUGUCUUUGAUACAUGGUAUUUUACGUGGAAUGGAACUGUAUUAACAAAACAACUAAAACUUCACUUUUUCUUUACUUAUAUCGAACUGUUUUCAAUUUCCACAAAUAAACAUAACAAACUUUUACUUGUUCCGUUCUUUUCCAUAAUAUCUUUUUUUGUAGCCUACAACAAACACAUAUAGGUUGCAUAUUAUCCAGACCUAUGCUCUUGACAAAUUUAGUUUCUAGUUGAUUCGAUUUCUAUUAAAUAGAGCCAUGACAAGUGACUGUAUGCAAUUAAAACAAUGCUGGUGCAAUGGAGAGAGAAUAUUUAUACGUAGAUUUAGUUGUUUAAUACACGUUUUAUUUUUGAUAUAAGAUACCAUCUUGUGCUUUGGAAUACAUACAUUCCAGGCUGGUGAAAAAUGUUUAUUUCUUUUUGAUUUUUUUUUAAUAAUACAAAACUUAUAAGUAUUGUACAGAAAAUAUUUAAUUAGCUUAUUAUGGGAAGUUUAUUACUUUCGUUGUUUAUGUAUGUUUUAACACGUUUAAACCUGUAAUUACGUAAUAUAAGGAAUAGCAAAUUGUAUUAUUGUAUAUACUUGUCAGAAUAAAAAGUAAAUUGUAAACAUGU